AGAAAGCUGUCAACAACCGUUACAAUAGAAUACUCCAAUUCAACUUCUCCCAACCUUACCAACAUGUUCCUCUUCGGUCUCGGAAAACUUGUCUACGUCAUCAUCCUCAUCAUCAAUGCCAUCGCAGUCCUCUCCGAAGACCGUUUUCUCGCCAGAAUCGGUUGGGGCCGCACACAGUCCGAUCCAUCCUUCGGGUCGACGUAUGACAGUACCAGCGUCAAGGCGAAGACGGUGAAUCUGAUCGCGAGCGUUCGGACAGUUAUGAGAAUACCCCUAAUUGUGAUAAAUACCGUGGUCAUCAUUUAUGAGCUGGUUCUGGGAUGAUGCGUUCUGCCCAUUCAUGCUGUAAUGCUAUAUGUUGUAAUAUGUGUGCGGUCUAGUUGGUUUCUUUCCUGCUUCCACUCGGAGUUCCAAUAGUCAAUUUCCGUUUAGUUCAGCCUCAUGUCGCGCAUUCAUUUGCAGGGUACACUGAAAAAAAAAAGCAUAUUUCUAG